AUGAAAAAUGACUUAGAAACAUCAGAAAACAUUGACAAAGAAGCAUUCUGUGUUGGCUUAACUCUAGAUGCCGUUACUAAAAUUGAAAAUUUGCAAUUAGAUUCCUUAGAUGAUCUAAUAAAUAAGAUUUUACAAAAUCUAAAGUUUGUUUCAGACAUUUGUAAGAUCUUGGAGACACAAAUUAUUGAAAAAACAUUUAACUUACUAUCAAAUGUUGAAAAUUUACAGCUGAAAAUCACAUGUUUAGAGCUAAUUACGCAUUUAAAUACUAUUUCUAAUGAUGCUUCUCAGAUUUAUAUUGACAUUAAUCCAAUUCCACAAUUAAUUCAGUUAUUAUCACUUAACAUUCUUGAAAUAGAUGUAGCAAUCUAUAAAAAUAUCACAAUUCUUAUGAAAUAUGACGAUAGUCGAGCUUAUAUAUAUUCUUCAAAUAUCAUAAGCUAUAUUAUCUCGAAAGUUCAGUCAAAGAUUUUAAAAUCAUUCGAUGUGAGCUAUGAAGAUUUGUAUUUGGCUCUUGGCUUCAUUUCUAAGUAUAUUAAAUUUGAUUCUGAAGGAGAAACCAAAAAUAAAGAAGAAUUUUUUACCAAAUUAGUAGUUGAGCUUCAAAAUUCAGACAAUUUCUAUAGAAUAUCCAAGCACUAUUUCCAAAUUGUAUAUGAUUUGUACAAAAAGCUAUCAGUUCAAAUCUUAAUUUCAAUUGGCUUUUUCGAUAGAGUUAUGGAUUACUUAUAUGAUUCAAACUUGCAAAGUUCUUUACAAAAAAUAGCUCAAAUUAUCUCAGAUGUUGCAUUUUCGAAUGAAGAUUUCUUAAAAGAUUUUUCAUUGAAUUUGGAUUUGGAGAGAAUGCAAAAUAUUAUGUGCAUAUAUAGAGAUAAGGAAGAUUAUAUUGUUCCCCUUAUUACAAUGCUUUCAAAUCUUUCUUUUAUUCCUGAAUUUUCAAAUCGUCUCUUAGAAUCUCAUUUCUGUGAUUAUUUAUUAGAUAUUUAUGAUAGUUCAUUUAUGAAAAUCAAAAUUGAAACAAUUAAUUUAUUAUGGGUUUUGAUAUCAAAAGGAAGCAUUGAUUUAGUAGCCAACUUUUUAACUCCCAAAUGCCUACUUAUACUUUUGGACAUUUUGAAACUUGAAACUCCUGAAUUUGUUAAUUUUGCAAAAGAAACUGUACUUCCUAUUCUUUCUUCCUUAUCUAAUCAAGGAAUCAUAUCUGAUGAGCAUAAAUGCGAAGCAAGAGAGUUAUUAGAAGAAGUUAUUUCUGAUUAUUCAAAUGAUGAAUUAAUAGAUAUUGCAGAAACUCUCAUGAACACCAUUUUUGCAGAAUAA